AUGGCCUCUUACUUUUGGGGACCUUCGGUGUUCGACGAGGCCGUCGAUAAAGCCACGUCCGAACUACUACCAUCUGGCACUGACGACAUUGCUCUUAGUCUUGAGAUAUGCGACCAAAUUCGUUCCAAAUCUGUCCAACCACGGGAUGCCAUGCGGGCAAUCAAGCGUAGACUGGACCACAAGAAUCCCAACGUCCAAAUACUCGCAUUAGGUUUGACGGACGUGUGCAUCAAGAAUGGAGGUGACCAUUUCCUAGAACAAAUUGCGUCGCGGGAAUUUAUGGACAAUAUGGUGUCUAUUCUCAAGCAACCUGCACUUAAUUACGAGGUCAAAAGUAAAAUGCUACGGCUUAUUCAGAACUGGGCGCUUGCGUUCGAGGCGAAACCCUCUCUCGGGUAUGUGCCGGAGGUGUACAGGUCGCUGAAGAACCAAGGCUUCAACUUUCCACCGCCGGACACCACCGCCAAAGCCAAGGCGCUUCUCGCCACUCGUACUGCGCCUGAAUGGAUUGACUCGGACGUGUGUCUGCGGUGUCGAACGCCGUUUACGUUCACCAAUCGCAAGCAUCAUUGCCGAAACUGCGGACAGGUCUUUGAUCAACAAUGCUCGUCUCGAACUGCGCCGCUUCCACACUUUGGAAUCGCACAGGAAGUACGAGUAUGCGAUUCUUGCUGGACGACAUUGAAGAUGGAUAAAGCCCGUGCAAAGUCGCCGGAGCUGUCUAGAUCUAAAUCAACCCACUCGCGCUCCAACUCGCGCAAGGAACCACGGCAGUCUCAUCUGGGUGGUGAUACAGCAGAUGACGAUCUGCAGCGUGCUAUCGCACUUUCGCUGGCUGAGGCGCAGGCGAACGCUAGUGGAUAUCGGGACAAGUCCAGUUAUGCGCCUGCCGUACGGUCGGAACCUCCAUUGGCAGAGCACGGCGAAGAGGAUGCUGACUUACGGGCAGCCAUCGAGGCCAGUUUACGUGAAUCUCAGGCACCUCGUGCCUCAGCUCCAGCACCUGAAGAACCAUCAGCGGGGAGACCGCAAUGGGCGGCGCAACCUGUAUUACCAAAGAUACCUCAGUACGAUCUUGACCCGAGGGAAGAGGAUGCAAUUCUAUCGUUCAACCAGACGAUCGAACAAGCCAGCUCUGGUGUUCCGGUUGGACCCCAGGCGGCUGAUAUGUACGAGCGCGCGAGUGUUUUGCGGCCCAAGCUCGUUAGGAGUCUGGAAGAUGCGAGUAGAAAAGAGUAUAUGCUCACCGAAAUGCAUGACAAGUUGUCCGAAGCCGUUAAGCUUUAUGAUCGGUUAUUAACGGAGCAGGUUGAGCGGUCAACAUGGAGGUAUCAGAACUCUCAUGCACAACAAUACGGGCAGCCCCAGCAAUAUGGCCAGCCACCUCAGCAGUAUGGAUAUGGGCAGCAGCAACAAUAUGGACAAUAUGCUCCACAGCAACAGCAGCAGUAUGCCUCUCAACCCCAAGAACAACCUGCUUCGCUACAACAGCAAUCAUACUCUGUCCCUUCUGCCCCACAGCAAUAUCAACCUGCGCCCGAAUCUUACCCGGCUGUACCACCUGCUGUUCAAACAAACUAUCCAUCUGCUCCUCCCGUUACGUACCAAGCUCCUAAUCAAUACGCCUCCGCCCCCACAUCUUCCCCGCCUGUUUCGAGGUCGCCCGAGCUGCAGAGACAUGGUUCAAUGACUGGGCAGCAUGCGCCAGUUAGCAUUAUGAACCCAACGCACCCGGUUUCGAUGUAUGCACCUCCACCCCCACAGAGUCCACAACAACAGACGACCACGAGCUCUUCUUACCCACCACAGCCAUAUCAAGCUGUCAACCCCGCGUCGCAACCAUAUCAGAACGUCACUUCCCCGGCACAUCUUUCCCGAGCGAAUACCUAUCAAGCACCUGUGCAGGACAGUUCUCACCAGGUACCCUCCAGGGCCAAUACGUACCAAGCACCGAAUCCAUACCAGGUACCCUCUCAGCCACAAUCGUAUCAGGGUACCACUCCUGCGCCUCUUCCCAAUUUACCUAGUGUGCCACCAAUGCUUCCGAGUGCACCUCAAGGAUUCCCGGAGUCUCAGUAUGGUGUGGAGAAGACAGAGCAAAAGGAGGCCAUGUUAAUUUCUUUUGAUUGA